UGUUUUUUUGGUGAGGGUGGCGGUGGCGGUGGUAAAGUUAGCCCAGCUAGCUGACAUGACGGGCUGUGAUGGCGACGUGACUCAGUGGAGCUGGGAGCGGAGCGGGAAGGAGGACUCCGGACCACCCCCCUCCACAACCCGACCUCAGCCCCCCCGACCCCGGCUCUCUGAAAUCGGCUACUUCGGUGGAAGUAACCUGCUCUAAGCUAAUGAUCUGAAAUCCUUCGAGCUGGACUUCCUCAAAUAGCCGGAGAGAUGAAGGCAGCGGACGAGCCUGCCUACCUGACAGUGGGGACGGAUGUCAGCGCCAAGUACAGAGGAGCCUUCUGCGAGGCCAAGAUCAAGACGGUUAAACGCAUGGUGAAGGUCAAGGUGACUCUAAAAGGUGAAAGUACGUCCCAGGUGGUUCAGGAUGACCAGGUGAAAGGACCUCUGAGGGUGGGAUCCACUGUGGAGGUGAAGACCAACGAGGGUUUAUGCAGCGAGGCCGUCAUCAGUAAGCUGACGGACGCCAGCCUCUACACCGUGGUGUUCGAUGACGGAGACGAGAAGACUCUGCGCCGAACGUCCCUGUGCCUGAAGGGAGAGAGACAUUUUGCAGAGAGCGAGACGUUGGACCAGCUGCCUCUGACGAACCCGGAGCAUUUUGGGACUCCGGUCAUCGGCAAGAAAUCAAAUCGUGGCGGACGCCGUUCGUCCCAGGCUGUGGCUGACGAAGAGAACGAGUCUUCGUCCAGCGAGGAUGAGGAGGAUGACAGGAGGAGGAUGAACGAUGAGCUGCUGGGGAAAGUCUGCAGCAUUGAAAGCGCCGCGGAGCCGUCCUCCUGGUUACUGGCUCUGGUGGUGUCUCCGAGCUGUAACGAUGAGCUGAUGGUGAAGAAGGAUCAGUGUCUGGUCAGGUCGUUCGAAGACGGCAAGUUUCACACUGUCCCGAGGAGACAUGUCCACGCCGUCAACACCCACAGCAUCACAAAGUCUGAGUUCUCCCACAGGAAAGGGUUUGAAGCAGCCCAGGUUUUCCUGAGGAGGAGGAUCAUCCCAGAAGCCUGGAAGAUGGACAUGAGUCAGAUCCUCGACUCGUCCUCCAGCGACGAUGACGAAAAUGAAGAAGAGAAGGAGAGUGAGGAGGAGGAAGAGGAGGACGAGGAGGAGAAAAAGAAGAAAAAGCACAUAAAGGAGGAGCCGGAGGAAGAACCAGACCCAGAGGAGAGGGACCACUUCCUGCAGCAGCUCUACAAAUUCAUGGAGGACAGAGGGACCCCCAUCAACAAGCCUCCGGUGUUGGGUUAUAAAGACCUGAACCUCUUCAAGCUCUUCAGGCUGGUCUAUCUCCUGGGCGGCUGCCACAAGAUCGAGUCUGGAACCGUGUGGAAGCAAGUUUACAUCGACCUGGGGAUCCCCGUCCUCAACUCUGCUGCGUCCUACAACGUCAAGACGGCCUACAGGAAGUACCUGUACGGCUUCGAGGAGUACUGCCGCUCCGCCUCCAUCACCUUCAGAACCAUCCAUCACAACAACCCUCGCCCGCCGACCACACCACCCAGUCAGAAGGCGGAGGAGCUCAAAGACGCCGGCACACCUCAGAUGAAGGCGGAGCCUGACGACGACAAGAGGGAGGAGGCGGAGUCUGAGAGCGAGAGCGACAAGGAUGAGGCGAAGGAGACGCAGAUGUCCCCGAGGGGGAAAAGGAGGUGCGUGGGGAGCAGGAUGAAGGUGGAGCGCGAGCUGAACUCCAGACCAGAGAAAAGUGGAGGAGGAGGAGGAGGAGGAGAGAACAACGAGGAGCAGCACAGAGAGAUGAGACGACGCAGCAACAGAAGAAUGGACGACUCAGACAAAGGCUCUGAGGACGAGGAGGACGAUGAUGAGGAGGAGGACGAUGAGGACGAGGAGAGGGAGAGGAGGCGAGGAGAAAGGAGUGAUGAGGAGGAGGAUGGAGACUCUGUGACGGGGACGAAGGUGAAGGUGAAGUACGGAAGAGGAAAGACUCAGAAGAUCUACGAGGCUCACAUCAAGAAGACGGACGUGGACAACGGAGAACAGUUCUACCUGGUUCACUACUACGGCUGGAACGUCAGGUACGAUGAGUGGGUGAAGGCUGAUCGCAUCAUCUGGCCGGUGGAGAAAGGAACGAAAAAACGCCAGAGGAAGAAGGUGAAGAACAAAGACAAGGACGAAGAGAAGGACGAAGAAAAGCUGGGAGCGAUGACGGCGGCAGCAAAGCCAACGGGAGCAAAGCGUGGUCGUCCUCAGAUCAGAACCACGGGCUCCACUGGUCGCAGUGUGUCCAAAACCCCGAGCAAUGAGGGACGGUCCAACGGCAAGAGCAGCAGGAUGGACACGUCGUCAAACAUGGCCAACGGAGACAACACUCCUCGCAGGAGAACCAGGAGGACAUCCGGCAUGUAUGACUCAGACCGAGCGUCCAACGAGGAUUCUGGGAACUCCUCAGAUGACAGCGACUCAGAGGACCCGCCUGACAAAAAGCCAUCGCCGUGGCGAGGGAGGGCAGAAGCCCCGCCCUGUCAGACGGAGGAGGACGAGGAGGACGACGAAGAGGAGGAGGAAGAACCAGAGGGGGAGGAGACGAGUGAGGUCGCUGACGUCCCAUCGACUGCUAACGACAACAACAACAACGCAGCUGCUAUUUCAACAAACGCUCAGGCCCCAGCUACCGCCACCAGGACUCCGAGUCCCAGCAUGCCUCAGGAGAAAGCUGACACAGCCCCGGACCAAUCAGAGAAGAAGGAGAAGGAGCAGGGGGAGGAGUCUGCACAGGAAAACGCAGUCAUGCCGACUCUCCUGGACACGGAGAGUAAACCGUCUCCUGUUACCAAGACGACGACUGUCCAGGAGAAAAACAAAUCGUCUCCCGGACAGGAAGUGGACACGUCUCAGGCGGAGACGUCCCCCAGCAGGACGCCGCCUUCGUCCGACAGCAUCAGCAAAACUCCUGAGCAGCAGCAGCAGCAGCAGCAGCAGCAGCAGGUGUCCUCCUCAUCGCCCGCCGUCACAGAGGAAGAAGACCGCUCCUCUGCUCUGUCCUCCCCCAGGGUCAAAGGUCGCAGGUCCAUCGCCAAGGAGACAGGAUCUGAAACUCCUCCCAGAAUCCCUUUCUGCAUUCCCAGCCCCGCCCCAGCCACAAGCCCCUCCCAGACGGCGGUGCUUCCGUCUCCUCCCCGCAGCGUCCUGAAGAGAGGGGACGAGCCCAUGGUUGUCCUCCACUGUCUCCAGAGACUCCCCCAGGAGUCCCCCACCGCCGACUCCGACACCGACUCGGCCACCGAGGAGGAGGAGGGGGAGGAGGAGGAGGAGGGGGCGGGGAGCAGCGUGGCGCUCAAACGUAAAGCAGCAGAGCAGAGAUCGGCAGAAAAGAAGCUCCGUCCUAAUAGGAGGCAGGAGGAGGAGGAGCAGCAGGAGGAGGAGGUCGCAUCCCCCAAAACCGCCGCCACCACACCCAAGAUGGCUGCCUCCGCCUCCCCCAAGACCCUCCCCUCGCCGCUCCGCUCGGAGAGAAGGAGCGAAGGAGUGACGAAGCCCGAGGAGAGGCCUCCUCCAGCAGAGGAGGCGCAGAAGGAGGCGACGGUGGAGCGACUGACGGGUGGAGCCAUGAAGGAGUCUGAGGAGGUGCGUGCUGGGACGCCUCCCGUCUCUCCGGCCGCCGCCUCCGCCUCCCCCGCAGAGGAGAUGGAGCCACAGAUGGGCCCCGAGGCUCUGGUCUGUCACGAGGUCGACCUGGACGACCCCGACGAGAAGGAGAAGCCUUCUCCUUCUCCUUCAGCCGAGCACAUCCUCCUCAUGAUGAGGGAGCAGACGCUGCCUCCUCGCCUCCUCCAUUCAGCCCUGCCCUCCGCGCCCUCCCCGCACCUCCCCCAGGCUCAGGUCAGGCCCUUCUUCUCCACCUCCACCCCGAGCUCCACCCCCUGCCCCGGAGAGCUCCACCCAGACAAGGGUGCCCCCGCCAAGGAGGCGGUGGUGGAGGAGGAGGAGCGAGGAGCGGCGAGGGGGGAGCAGGAGAGAGACUCUAGCCCCGGGUUUGAUGGCAGCGCCUCCUCGUCCACCACCUCCGUGCUGUCGCUGCAGGAGAACAAGGACCGAGGCCAGAAGAGGGUGACGGACUGUAACUCGAGCCCGUCGGCCAAGAAGCAGAAACGGAACCAGAAGCGGCCGAACACGCCGGGGAAGGUGGAGAAGAACGGAGCAGGUCACAGCAGCGACAGCGAGGACCAGUCUCGAGUCUCAUCCCUGUCCAAGUCUCAGAAGCCUCGUUGUCCUGGUCUGUCGUCUCCGUCGUCUCAUAAAGACAAACAGAGCUUCCCGUCGCCACAGCGCACCUACAAGUGGACCUUCCAGAUCGAUGAGCUGGACAGCAUGUCGAGCACCGAGAGGAUCUCCUUCCUGCAGGAGAAGCUGCAGGAGAUCAGGAAGUGCUACAUGAGCCUGAAGUCGGAGGUCGCCAACAUCGACAGACGCAGGAAGAGGCUAAAAAAGAAGGAGAGAGAAGUGUCGAACACGACGGCGUCGACCUCGUCGGGCUCCUCGGACACAGGUAUGAGUCCGUCCUCGGCGUCGCCCACUCAGAACACCGUGGCCGUGGAGUGCAGGUGAUGACACGCCCACACAGGCCCCCCGCACCCUCCUGUUCAGCCCCUCCCCUUAUCACAGACUCCGCCCACUCGGCCAUCUCCAAGGACGCGACGGCGAACGUGUAAACAAACCUCCCUCCAGUUUGUAGCCGUCAGCUUGGACGGUGCGGUGGCUGAUGGAAACGCCGCCGCACGGUGGAGGGAAGGCGCUGCCCUUAGCCCCGCCCCCUCGCCUGUCUGACUUCCUGUACGAGGAGAAAAACAUCUGCUCGCCGUCUGUUCAGCCGCCACAGAGCUCUCCUUCCUUCCUUCCUUCCUUCCUUCCUUCCUUCCUUCCUUCCUUCCUCACUGUUUUUGUUUUUUUGUUUCUUUCCAUUUGUUGGUUCAAAUUUAAAAAAAGACAAAAGGAAAAAGUAAUUUCCUGCUGUGAGUGUUUUGGUCAUUUUUAUAUGAAAUCAGAGAUUUUAUUUUGAUAAAAACAAAAAAAAAAUAUCCAAAAAACUUGCGAGGUCACAGCGGGAGAGAAAACGAGACAUUUCUAGGUGAAUUCUUUUUGUUCUUGUGUAAAAUAAUUAAGCUGAAGCUGCAGAUCCUUCGAUAUUUAUUAAACUUUUUUAAAGCUUGUGUUUUCGUAUGGAAGAUCAGUGCUGCCAAGAAAGAAAUGAAUAAAAACAGACGAAAACUAAGAUACUGACCAGCAAAUACCUCCAUUAGAAAAUUUAAUGUAGUGUUUUGGGUUUUGUUUCAGAAUAUUCCGAAAGAAUAAUUUUUAUAUCUUAAUAUUUUUGAUAUAUUUGCAGGAAAUUCUAAUUCUUAUUUUCAUUUAUUAUAAUUAGUGUUGUUUACUGAUCAUUUUGACCGAAAAGUUUAAUAUUAUUCUGAUUUAAAACUUGAAAAGUUGAAAUAGGUUUAAACUGGUAAAAUUCCUGUCUUGUUAUUUUAAUUUCACGUCAUUUUCAUUUAUUAAACUUCAACAAUUUGAGGAUUUCUGGUUUUGUUUACGGCUCAUUUUGACCUUAAGUAAAAGUCGAAUUUUAAUAGUUUAAUUCUGAAAACGUGUUUUCAUGAGUCUGAUUUGAAUUUAAAUGUUCUGAUCAUUUUGUCUCGGGCUUAAUUUUAUUUGGGUUAAUGGUAAAAGAUUCGUCAUUUAGAUUUAAUUUAUAAUUCAAGGACAAGUUUAGGAUGAAAACGUCUCAGUUCUGGAAAAAAAUAACUGAUAAAUCAAAUUUAAAAGAUAUUUUUGAAACAAAAAUGUGAAUAAAUUUCACAUGAAUGCACUUAUGAGCACAUGAAAUUAUUUCACUAGUCGCUGGUAAACGUUUAAGUCUCUGCUUUAUGAUUUACAGUUUGGUCAGAGUUGAUCUUCCAUACAUCAGCUGCUCUGCUGCUUCGUUUCUUCUUCUCCCUCUGGUUCUUUCUUCUUCUCUGGUUGUUUUUCUUCUUCUCUGGUUUCCGUUCGGCUCGGACAGACGGCUGCUUUUCUUUUCGCCUCUCCCACGUCUAUUUGUGUUGUACAUAAAAAAAAAAACAAAUACAAAGAAAGAAAAGAGUAAAACCACACCCUGUAUUUGAGGACUACAUUUUACACACCUGUAAAGAAUGAUUUAUAAUAUUUUUUAAGAGAAGACUGUUUGUACUGUUGUAUUAUGAACUCCUCGGUUGUCGUUUUUUUUUUCUUCUAUUUUUUUUUCUAUGUGGUGUUUUUGCCAGCGGCGGUUUUGAGAGCAAAGACUGUAAAUACAGAAAAACACACUUCCUCCAGAGAACAGAAGCCAUGCUGGAACUGUGUUCACAAUAAGCUGCGCUCUCUGUUUCUAAUAAAGGUUUUAAAUAUG